AUGGAGAAGUCCAACCUCAGCAAAUACCUUGUCAAAGAUGGAGAGACGGGGAAUUGCAGCCACUUAUGGAGCCUGAGGAGCUGGCUCUUAAUGAAAACCCUCGACGGAUUCGGCUCAGUCCUUCGGCUGACCUACAGCGAAGAUGUCGCCCGCGGUUUCCAGAGGGGGUCGAGGAAGGGGAGCAGGAUGGCCAUGGGCCUCUCCUCCAGGAUGCGCUCGGCUGCUCCGCGUCACCGCUUUGACAGGCUGGCACCGAGACGGGCGCAGCAACCUGGGCGCCUCCUCGCCUCCCGCCCGCCCCGUCGAGGGCCGCCGCCGCCGCCGCUCGCCCGAAGCCUCGACGGAGCCCAGGCAGGGGAGGGGGCUGGAUCCGAUCCCCCCGCCCCGGCCGCUCAGAUGAGCAGCGCCGCGCCCUGCCAAGAGCCACCGCCGGCGCUGGCGGGGGGCCCGGCCCACCUCCUCCCCUGGACCCCCUCGACGGCCGAGGUUGCCUCGGAGACGUGGCUCGACGCGGUCUGGGCCGCCGCCGCCGCCGCCGCCGCUCUCCCCGACCACCCCGCCGCGGCCAGCGGAGAUCAGUUCUACUUCCCGGGCGAUGUCCUUCAAGAUGGUGCCCCUUCUGGAGACCAGCUGUCAACCCAACUCUUCAGAAACCAACAGCUGCGGGACAUCUUGGUCCAGAAGGAGGUGGAGCUGGCUCGGCUGCAGGAGGAGAACCAGCAUCUUAGACACUUCCUCAACUCGGCCAUGGUCAAGCAACUGGAGGAGAAGACCAAGAAGCUGCUUCUCCUUCAGGAUGGCCAGGAUGUUGAUGGGACCUCCAAGAUCGGCAAAAGGCACCGGAAGACCGAGAGCCGCGUGGCCCACGAGGGGCGCCACCCGCCAAAGGCCAGGCGGAACCGCUUGGGCGCUUUCUCUGCCUGCGAAGAGCAGCCGACGCCUCCCGUGGACUCCUGGGUGCUGCAGACCCUCGGGCUCAAGGAUGUGGACACCGUGGACGAGUCAGCUAACUACAGUGCCUCAACCCUGGACCUUCCCCCUUUGGGGCCUUCUCUUUGGGGUCCCUUUGGGGCCUCCGAUCCGGGCGUCAGCGAGGGUCAACCUGGUGGAAGCAUCCCCUUGACCUCCCUAGCGGACAGCACUGCCAGCCCCUUCCCCUCGCCCUGCUCACUGCCUUGCCUCUCCGACCGCCCCUCGCCAGCCAAGAUGGAUGUGGCCUUCACCACGUCUCUGAGCCCCCAUUGCAAUGUGAAGACCCAUACCUUCCGCCAAGGACAGGCGUUUGUGCGCCGGGAUGAAGACGGAGGGUGGAAGCUCACUUGGGUCCCCACCCAGUCAGAAUGAGGCCUUUCCCUACCAGCCCAGAUGGCCACUGGACAGCCAUUUGUCCACUCUGCUGUAGGGUCUUCUGCUUGGGCAGGGGGUUGGACUAGAGGACCUCCAAGGUCCCUUCCAACCCUGUGAUGGUUGGAACAUCAAACAAUGUUCUACUGCCAUUGAAGGAUGUGUUUACAGAGGAGAGUGAUUUCCUUCUAAUAUCUCAACAAGCCCAUGUUGCACUGCGUCAAGAACGGAAGGAUUAUAACCAUAAUUAUUGUCAUGAUUCUGUUGGCAACAUUCAUACACAGCCAUAGGAAGAUUGGCCAUCAGGGCCACACAAUGUGCCAGAGAUGAACAGCGGUUCAAGAGCAGAAAGUGCCUCCAGAUGUGAGGAAGAGAAGCUGCUGAGAUGAUCCCUUCCUUGGGUCUUCUGCUCUGUAGAGAUUGUCAUGACCAGUUGAGUUCAAGGAAAAGGUACUUGCUUGGAGGACUUGUCAACUGACCUGGAAGGCACUAUCCAUCUUGCAUGGAAAAUGAAGACAACUUUACUUGCUCAGAGUAGCCUUCCAAAGCUCCACUAUUCUGAUCAAGAAACCCCAUGAGAUGCCUGCUCUCUGGUACGGCUGCUAUUGUUGUGUUAGUACCAGAACAUGGGAGAGACAUGGCCCACAAAUGCCUGAAGAAGACCUCUGCAAGGUUCAAAAACCUGCCAGUUAACUCUUAUGAAGGAAACCUUCUUGUGAAGGACCUCAUGGUGGACAGUCUCUCCUGGCUCUCAAAAGGCUCUCUCCUAUGCUGCUUCUGCUUAUUUUUUUGCUUUGCCCUAAGUGAAGUGCAUUCUCUGAGUCCCAUCUGCCAAAUAUUUCGAAAAGUUAGUUGAUAGGCUAAGAUCAGGAAGAUCUAGAACUUUGGAAACAUUAGGAGAGACAUAACUGAUGGGUUAAGAUUAAGAAGGAGAAGUCAGAAGAUCUAGAACUUUGGAAGGAGAAACAUAGCUGAGUGGCUAAAUUCAAGAAACUGAGAAUUCAGAAGAUCUUCCGAAAUGUUAGGAGAGAUGUAGAUGAUGGGCUAAGAUCAAGAAGGGGAGAAUUCAGAAGAUCUAGAACUUCAAAGCUCUCAGGAGAGUGGGUUUUUGGAGAAGGUUUUUCCCCGUAUGACCUACUUGGUGCUUUUUUUUAAAUAUUCCAUGGAGUUGAUGCAACUAGAUUUGUCAGCCUCUUCCUAGCUAUUUUCUAGGUUUUGUGGCUUCAAAUGAUUUUAUUCAACAGAAACUGGGAACUUACAGUUUGUAUGAUGGACUCAUGUUUAUUACAGCUAUUAUUGCAAUUAUUACACUCAAACUAAUUGGCCCUUUGGACCUCUGCCUGAUAUUCUUCCCAAAUUAAGAUCACAUAGAGAGAAAAAUAGAGAGAUGUUUCCAGUAUCUCUUCUUCAAGCAAUAAAGCAACAUAUUAACUUCCUGGA